AUGUUGGCAUUUGUUGCUCUCCUCCCCCUUCUUACUCAGGCUUCGCCUGUGCUUCCCCGCGCAGUUAUCGACCAUGACCAGGUUGAGGGCUUCCUUGAGACCAUCCCCAGUGGUAUCACGGGCGAGGUAUACAAGGCUUACCAGCCUUAUCUUAAGGUGAACAGUGGCUGUGUUCCGUUCCCUGCUGUUGACGCUGAGGGAAACACCAGUGGCGGCCUAGACACCACCGGCUCCCAAAGCGGUGACUGCGACAGCAGCACUGGUCAGAUCUAUGUCCGCGGCGGCACUUCCAACACAACCAACACAGACGCCUACGCCCUGAUGUACUCCUGGUACUUCCCCAAGGAUAAUCCCUCGCAAGAUCUGGGCCACCGCCAUGACUGGGAGGGUGUUGUCGUCUGGAUCUCUGACCCGACCUCGACGUCUGCCGAUAACAUUCUCGCUGUGUGCCCGUCUGCUCAUGGAGGGUGGGACUGCUCGACCGAUGGGUACACGCUCAACGAGUCCACCUCCGAGCCGUUGAUCAAGUAUUACAACGUUUGGCCUGUGAACCACCAGUGUGGAUUGACAGAUGUUGUAGGAGGUCAGCAGCCGUUGGUCGCGUGGGAGUCAUUGCCCGCUGUGUCGAGGGCUGCAUUGGAGAACACGGAUUUCGGAUCGGCCAAUGUGCCAUUCAAGGACGCGAACUUUGAAACCAACUUGGAAAGUGCGACUUAUUAA